AAGACAGAUAUCAACUAAUCAUUCGUAAUGUCAAUUCUUCAGACAGUGGUGUUUACUGGUGUCAACUUUCAGCUGACGGGUUUUGCUUCAUCCCAUCAGCGUAUGUGAAUAUUACUUUCAAUACAAGCUCUGGUUAUUUCAAAUAUAAUUAUCAGCAAAGUCCAGUUUGCGCAGUAGACAAUUCUUCAUCUUGUCAAGUAAUACCAACCUCUUCAAUACAGACUGUGUCAUCAACCACACUAUCAGUGUCUACUCCGCCAGCAACACCCACUCAACCAGAACUAUGUCGUGGUAAGCUAGAAUUAACAAACUUAGGAUUUGUAGCCUGUCUUGGAGUGACAGUACCAGCUGCGGGAUUCACACUCAUACUGAUGGUCAUUCUGAUCUGCUGUGCUGGAAUCUGUAUAUGCUGGAGAAAGAAAACUAGAAGAAAAGUUGUACAAAGUGUUGCUCAAACUGAAAUGGAUCAUACCUCAGAUAGAUAUAAUGCUCAAGUUGUGCGUCUCAAAAGAAGGAAAGUCCACCAGUACGAAGAUGUGGAAAACCCACGACCUGUUGAACACACUGAAGAGCCAGCCAGUGAUCGUAAAAGAGCACUUACAGACUGUGACAAAAUGGUAGAGCAUGAGUACAAUGAGCUGGAGCAUCAAGCAGAAACCAAUGUCCUCCAAACAACUGACCUAGAAGGAGAUCAGGGUGAACCACACACGUAUGAAAUUAUUUUGGCUGUGAGUCAAGACAAAGACAAAACCGCUGUCAAUACGAAACAGCAACUGCAAAUUGAAAGCUCACAAUAUUAUGAAGAUGUUUGUGAUAAUAAACUGUCAAAACAACCACCAAGUUCUUUCGAUAGCUUUUCCACUAGCCGUUCAUCUCAGAAUCAAUACAAUGUUCUUGAUCAUUCCCUUGUUAGUAAUCCAGGCCAAAAGGCCACCAUUAAAGCUGAGGACUCCAUGGAAGAUCAUCGCUACAGCAGAACACAUGCACACAAGUUGACAUUGAUGGGAAACUCAGUUGAAGAAACAUCUCAAGACAACCAAUAUGAAAAUCUUGGCAGCGUAGUGAAGACAGCUCAGCAACAGAAUACACUUGCAAAUGAAUCAUCUGGUAGCUGUGAGUAUCAUAUUCUUGAGGAAGCUGUUUCAAACGGUACCACCAUCGCCAUCACUUCAAACGAGCCGGAACAGACUACACCUAUCCCUAAACGCAAAUCAAACACAACUGUUCCGGCUUAUGGUGUACUCAAUUAUAAUGAUCCCAGUAAGCAAAACAUCAAAAUCCAAGAACAGCUCUUAGAUCAAUCGAGAAGUGAGGAAGGGAAAGAGAGAGUAUUCGAUGACCCACAAUACGAUAUCUUCCCUACUGCACCGAAAGUGUUAGAGGAUAAACUGGAGCACAGAAAAGAAGCUGCUCAGAUUCAGGCAUUCCCUUUUGAUGAGUUGACAGACGUACAUGAAGUGUGGAUACACACUGACUAAUUGAUCAACCUUGUAGAGUGCAAAUAAUUAUUAAUUUGGGUACAUGUAUGUUAAUUUUGUGUGUGUAUUGAACUGCAUAAUUAUUGUGUAGGUGCUCCAAAAUUCAUAACUCAUUAGUGUGUAACAAGAAUUGCGAAGGAUUAAGAUAGCUUUUUCUGUCACUGCAUGUGAU